UGGUAUGCCAGGUCAUUCGCAGAUACACAAAAAGGAGAAAGAUAAGUCUUUGACUCCACCUGAGCACACCUAUUUUGAGUAGGGCCGGUCAGGUACAAAUACAAGAAGGCUGCUCGUCCCAGCCCAAGCCUCUCUGCUCCUCUGCUCCAUUGCAAUCACAAAGACAUGAAGCUCACAAUGAUCCCUAUUGGACUUCUUGGACUUUUCCUAGCAUCUGCUUUUGCUGACUAUAAUAUCAACAUCAAUGAUGAUGGCAACUCUGCUGGAAGUGGGCAACAGACAGUGAGUGUCAACAAUGAGCACAACGUUGCCAAUAUUGACAAUAACAACGGAUGGGACUCCUGGAACACCCUCUGGGAUUAUAACACUGGCUUUGCUGCAACCAGACUCUUUGUCAAGAAGUCAUGCAUUGUGCAUAAAAUGAGCAAGGAUGCCAUGCCCUCCAUUCAAGCCCUUGAUGCACUGGUCAAGGAGAAGAAGCUUCAGGGUAAAGGACCAAGAAAACCAUCUCCCAAGGGUCUGAUGUACUCAGUCAACCCUAACCAAGUUGAUGACCUGAACAGAUUUGGAGAAAACAUUGCUGGCAUGUGCCGGGGGAUUCCAACCUAUGUGGCCGAUGAGAUUCAAAGAGCAUACCCACCUUUUUACUCAGAAAAGUGCCUCAGUGCUAACAUACUCUGGAUUCUGAAAACUUCCUUCUGUGGAGAAAUCGUGGAGAACUAAAAGAAACUAUUUUAAAGACAUUCUGGAUUUAGUCAUCAGAGUAUGCUAUGUAGAAAAUAUGGGUUCUAAUGUUUUUUAUCAUGUCAUUCUGAAAAUGUUUUCUGCUAGUUACAUUCGGUUUCCUUAAGUUUCAAUAAACCCAUUUAGC